AUGCGGACGUUCAAGGGUGAGGCGAGUGGCAUGCCAGGCAGCGAGUUGUUGUCUGUGUUGAUCCGUCCGGAUGGCAGCCAGACGAAGUUGGACAAUUGUGUGGCACAGGUAGUUACGAUGCGCGCGGGUGGUGGCGGGGAGGUGACGGCUUUGGUAUUGGCGCCUAAGACUGUGUUUGAAACAGAGCUGGAGCCGGUCGGCGAGCGAACGCCGUCAGCGUUGGAAACGACGAUGGUGGAGGGCGAAAACUACGACUGGUUCGAGCAGUGGGACCGGAUGAUGGUAUGGCGUCCGAAGGAGGGGCCUCCGAGCGAUGCUCACGCGGAGGCGGGGCUGCUGGACGCGCUGCGGCGCCGGCUGGAGCACAGGGGACCUCGGAACAAGCCUGAGGCGGUGGGCACGUUAUGUCGCGAAAUAUUUGGGGACCACUUGCGGGACCUGCGCGCGUUCCUCAAUAGGAUUGGCGAUUCGACGCCUCUGGACGAGGUGGACGACGUCACGGUGUCUGUCAUGCGGCCGAUAGACCCGUCGGAGUUGGCGGAGCUCUUGGCGCGGGUGCCCAAGAACUGGAUGCCGGUGCUUCAAAGGUCGGUGGAGUGGAAGACUGCAGGGUGGAAGACUGCGGGUUGGGCCGAUGGCGGGGACCUGGAGACCGGGAGGGUCAGACGCAAAACCAAGCAACGACUGUACAAGACCGGGUGCGUCCUGGGAGUAGGCGCCGCUGUCUUGUUCCUCGGGAGUGUACUGUGGCGAUCCUCCAAGUCGGCGCAGGGAGAAUUAGGUCCAGCGGUGCCGGGGACCUACGCGCAGUUGACCGGCAACGAGGACCGGGAAGACUGGCCGACGGUUUGGCGAGGUGACCAGAACGUCCCGGUGGCGCCCUGCGGCAGCGGCACCCUGCGUUGCGACGCGGGUUGCGGUGCAAACAACCCCCGGCGGAUCGCCUUCGGCCAACCCUGGCCCAUCACCUUCCCGCUAGCCUGGGAAGUCGCCCACGCGUCCCCCUACGCGUCUGGAAAGUGCCGAGUCCACUGCAACACGUUUGACGAAUCAAAAAUCGCUCUCGACACACGACUCCUCACACGCUUCCCUAUGCAAACCCGUUUCAACACAACCAUGUCGCGCGAGGAGCAAGUGACACAAAUCUUGAAUGCAUUAAGUACCAAAGCAUGCCAAGGUGCGAAUGAAGCGUCGCGAGACGCAUCCGAGCUCGGCUGCGUGUGCGACUUCGCGCUCGUCGAGUGUGAUGUGACUGUUAAGCCGAAAGACAGCAGGUGGCUGCCCAGAGACGAACGGGAAAUUCACAAAGUCGUGCUCACCGACAUGGAAGCACCCAUCGCCAGGCUAGCCGCUUCGUUAGGCGACUAUCCGGUUGACACGUACGACGUCUCGCUGUGCAACCACGUAUGUUUAAACCUGAGUUCGGAUGCAAGAAAGACCGUAGAAGCAAACAAGGCCGCAGAAGCCGCCUACCUGGCUACCCUUACGACUACCACCAAGCGUCCGAAAGUUCGCCAAGAAGAGGAACUGAUGGAUAACGAGUUUGGUGACAUUAUAGACCAUAAAUUUCUUCAUUUCGGUUAG